AUGUCCGUCAAAAUGAAUGAUGAUUGUCUUGAAUAUGGUUCAAUUGUUUGGGCUAAAAUGAAAGGAUAUCCAGCGUGGCCAGCUAUGGUUAUGUACCCAUCUGAGAAAAUGGAAGGUGUACCAGCUGGUCGAUAUUCAGUGGUAUUUUUGGGUACACGUGAGACAGCGAUAAUGAAGCGCAGUGAUUUAUAUGAUUAUAAUAAAUAUCGUUCAGAAUAUGAAGUACAGCGCAAGAUCAAAGGUUUCAAUGAAGCUUUAAUAGAAGCACGUCAAGCUGUUGAUGGCUUACCGUUAGAAUCUAAGAAUUUAACAACUCCCGACAAUUGCUCAUCGACUGUCGUUGAUAAAUCAGCGUUCAUAUCAUUCGACACUACUGAUCCUAAGAGUAGCGACAAAAAGAGAUGUCGUAGAAAAUCUAAUUUAUCAGAUAGCAGUGAAAACAUGUUAGAAAAUUGUUUGCCAGCUCCAGCGUCAUUUAUGUCAAAUGAAAAACUGUCGCCAUCUCUAUCCCCAGUUAAGAAUAAUGUGGAAACAAAUAAUAGAUGGAAACGGAAUGAAAAUCUCUCACCUAUCUCAGAAACUAAAAAAUCGAAUUCUUUGUCGCAUUCAUUUGAUAUAGAUCUAGGCAACGAUCCAAUGUUGCCAAUUUUAAAUGAUGGUGCAUUCAACUUUCUUUUGGAUGGAAUUGGUUUAGACUUUGAUGAAAUUGCAAAGCCACUGAUGAAAAGUGAGGCUAAGUGUUCAAAAUCGUUAGGGAAUGGUUAUAAAUCUGAAAAAUUGCACAAACGUCAUAAUAGUAGCUCAUCCUCAGGGCGCUCGAGAUUACUUUCGAGUAUGUCUGAUGGACUAGAUGAUUUUUUUGGUUCUUCGUCGCUUUUAAGCCCAUCCGAUCCUUUGUCAUCUUUAUCAUUUAACGACAUUUUGGGAGUUUGUGACGAUAAUUUUACUGUGGAUUCUGAAGAUCGAGAUCUUAGUUGUUUUGAUCAAAAAAAUUCACAAAUGACUUGUUUAUAUUGUGGUUGGGAAUGUCAAUUAUAUGGUCUUAAAUGGAGAUGUUCCAAUAUGGAAUGCUCAAAAUGGAACGGAAUUCAUGAACCAGUAUUCUCUGAAAAAGAAGAUCCUGAAAGUUUAGAAGUAGCUGCGGAUGUUCCUUCGAAUGUUGGACUGCAUGAUAGCACUUUUGAUACCAUCCAUAAUCCGUUAUUUUCAAAUAAUGGGUCUGAAUGUUAUACUCCUUUCUUGAACAUAUUUUCUCAAACGCCACAGUCAUCAGUGAAAAAGGAAGACGAACCAGAUCAAAUUCAAAGGUAUUCUCAAUGCACUUCUGACAAAAACUUCGAUAUGCCGUCAGCAGAAACUUUUUUUGCCGUUCUGAAUCAGGCUGGAUCUGACCCAAAUACCGGAAAUUCCACAUUUCGAAGAACUAGGAAUGGACGCCCUAAAUUUUAUAAAGUGGAGAGAACACCUUCAGUAUCAGAAGACGGUUGCAGACAUUGUUUUCAUUGCAAUGGACAAGUGCGUCCACAAAUGUGCGGUGGUAGUAGACACAGAUGGCGCUGUGUUGAUAAAAAGUGCCGAAAAUGGUAUGGUUGGGUGAGAAGCCACGAGGAAAUACCAAAAGAUUUAGGAAAAAAAGGAAGGUGGAAAGAUCUUAUCAAAAUUCGACGGAAAUCACCAUCAACUAUAUCUAGUAAGAAGACUGCAAAGAAGAAUAGGAAGCUGUCAGGAACAAAUCAGUCUCGAUCAACAGCUACACGAACAUUAAGAAGUUGUGUGGAACGACGAGCACGAUGGUGGUGUAGUGAAAAAAGGGAAUUGAGAUUGUCGCCAGAAAGAGAAUUGAGGAGUGAUCCGUUAGAUCUAGCUGCAGUGUGCAUCACAUUAUCAAAAUCACUAAAUUCAGUUGCUAAUACAAAAUGUGAUGAGAUGGGUACGGUAGAUGGAUCACUGGAUUUACUAAUGGAUAUGUUAUUCAGCUCAUUCGCACCACUUUUAGUGCUAACAAAAAAGAUACCAAGUAUCCUUGAUGAAGAGAUGGAAAAAAAAAUAUGGGAGGCAUGUGUCACCCAUACACCGAAAUUCGCUUAA